AUGGCAAGAAAUGCAUCAGACAACCAAGCCUAUGUGCUUGGUGUCGGUAUGACAAAGUUUAUAAAACCCCGUGGUCUACGCGAAUAUCCGGACAUGGGCUACGAGGCGGGCAUCAAGGCUAUGCUUGAUGCCCAAAUCAACUACGACGACGUUCAGCAUGGAGUAGCCUGCUUUGCCUACGGUGACUCGACGUCCGGCCAACGGGUUUUCUACCAGUUUGGCAUGUCCGCCAUUCCCAUCGUCAACACCAGCAACGCGUGUGCCACUGGGUCGGUCGGCCUCUACCUAGCCCGUACGUUGGUACAGAGCGGCAAGGCGGACUGUGUCUUGGUGGUUGGCUUCGAGAAAAUGAGGCCCGGAAGCCUCAAGAGCGUCUGGGAAGACAGGCCAAGCUCCAGCGGACGUUUUGCUGCUAAAAUGGACGAGUUGGUCGGUACCGACAAAGCUCCUCUGACGGUACAAUAUUUUGGCAACGCCGGACGCGAAUAUAUGCAAAAGUAUGGAGCGACAGCAGAAGACUUUGCCGAGAUUGGACGCGUCUCGCACGAGCAUUCCCAAAACAACCCGUACGCGCAAUUCCGACAAUCCUACACAACCAAAGAAAUCUUAGACUCACCGACAAUCUUCUCGCCCUUGACCAAGCUUCAGUGCAGCCCCACGAGCGACGGUGCAGCAGCCGCAGUGAUUGUCUCGCAGAGCUUUCUGGAUGCGCGAGCUCAUCUCAAGAACCAGGCAAUCCUGAUGGCAGGGCAAUCCUUCCUGACCGAUUCUCCAAAGGCGUAUGGAACAAGCGCAAUCGAGCUGGUCGGCUAUGACAUGAGUCAGCGAGCCGCUCGAGCCGCGCUGAAGGAAGCUGGCUGUACGACUGGCGACGUUCGCGUUUGUGAGCUGCAUGACUGUUUCUCCACGAAUGAGCUUCUCCUGCUGGAUGCCCUCGAGCUCUCAGAGCCCGGAAAGGCUCACGAGAUGGUCCGCAGAGGCGACAUCACGUACGGGGGCAAGGUGGUCAUCAACCCAUCGGGAGGCCUCAUUUCCAAGGGACACCCCAUCGGAGCCACCGGACUGGCCCAAUACAAGGCAAACGUGGCGCUACAGCACAAUCUUGGUCUCGGGGGCGCGGUAGUGGUGAAUGUCUACCAGCGAGCGGACGGCAAGGCUAGCACGAAAGUAAGCAACGAAGCAAUUGCGCGCAACAGCUGGCUUGGGUACAACGCGGCGGUUGAAGCCCGAGGAAUCAGCCCAAGCGAUGCCAAUAGGGUCAGGAGCAAGAGGAAUAGGAGCGAUUUCGCUCUAGGUGACACUGCGGAAAAGAUUUGUGCCAAAUCCCAUCUGUAG